GUGUGUGCAUGUGUGCGUGCGUGUGUGAUACUGCACUAGACAAAUGGUUGCAUCAAUUUCUAUCAGAGAAAAGUAAAUCAAUCGAAAGAAGAUAAGAGGGCUAUUGCAGAAACAUCUUUGUAGACAAUGAGUGCAUUCUUGUCCACCGUGCAAUAUAGCUCACACAUUUCCCUGUCACCAUGUUAAGAGUCCUUUAAAUACUGUAGGCAGCUCUUUGCUUCUGAACAAGCCUUUGUCUGUUUGGUAAUAAAAUAUAUUGGCCUGGGAUAUAAAACCAAAUGUAAAAGGGUGUAUACUUGCUACCUCCUCUCUUUCUUUUCUAUGGGUCGGUUUGAAAGAAGAUUACCUCCCGUGUGGCUUCAGCAUUUUGAUCUUUUAAUGUGUGAUAACCAAGUGAUAAUAUGUUAUAGGAACUUUGGACUCUUUGUUUGUAUUUCUCCUAUGAAUCUGAAUCAAGAAAUGUAAUCUAUAUACACGUGUGUAGCGCUACAACUAACAAUUACUAUCAUUAUAAGUUCAAAUAAAAUACAAAAAAUGUCUGACACAAUUUUCCAGGCCCAAUGUAACGUCUUCAAAUGUCUUAUUUUGUCCGUCCAACAGUUCAAAACCCAAAAGUAUUCAGUAUGCAAUUAUAUCAAACAGAAAAAAGCAGCCACCGCUCACUUUGGAGACGAUGAUGAUGUACCUGACCAAGCAGGUGGACCUGUUGCGUCAGAUGAACGACCAGCAAGCCAAAGUGUAUGAGCAGCUAGACGUGGCCGCCAGGGAUCUGGAGCAAGGCAACCAGAGACUAGUUCAGGACAGCCGCCUGGCCCAGCAGAAGAUCCACAGUCUAACAGAGACCAUUGAAGGGCUUCAGACUUACAUGGAGGACCUGCAGACUCAAGUGGAGGAGCUAAAGACUGCCCAGGCAGAGCGAAACAAAAGAGAGCUGGCAGAACAACGCCGCAACCUCGGAGCACAGAGUGUGUCCUGUAUCAAAGAGCUGUAUGACUUACACCAUGACAGGAAUCUAGCCCACAACGGUCUGCAUGUGGAUGGACUCUGGUCACCGCAGUGCUCUUUCUAUGACCGAGACAGACGCCAAGACCCGGAGGAGGAGAACGCGGCUCUCCAGCACUCCGUCCGGACCCUUGAGAGCCAGAUAGCUGUGGAGCGGAGCCGCAGGGAGGCUGCAGAGCGUGAGAUUGAGUUGACAUCCAGGGAGAACAUAGACCUGGAGCAGCAGCUGGCCGUGCUGGCUGGCUGCCGAGUCAGGCAGAGGGAGCUGGAGGACGAAGUGGAGCAGCUGCGGCUUCUGUGGCGUGCUGACUGCGCCAACAGUGUCAGAAGACUGGACCAGCUGCAGUUGCCUGAAACAGUAUUCUUUGCCUCAGAAGAAAGACCGGGGCAGGAUGAGAUGGAGGAGAAGGUAGGAAAGGAUGAGGAGCAGAGAAGAUACAUCUGGCAGAGGUGUAACAGUGACAGCGUUUUCAGAGCGACGGACCCAGAUGAGAUUCGGCGUGGUCACGAGCAGCUGUGCAUAAGGCGAACGGAAGCGGUGAAACAGAGGGGCAUCUCUCUGCUCAACGAGGUGGACGCACAGUACAGCGCACUGCAGGUGAAAUAUGACGAGCUGCUGCGGCGGUGCCAGCAGGCAGACGGGCCCAGCCAUAAAGCCGUCCAGACAUCUAACUGUCCCUUUGGGAGCAGCCGGAACCGCCGCCGGUCCUCAGCCGCUCUGUCUAAUCUGACAGUGGGUCUGGAAGACAGCCAGCAGCCCGAAUACAAGGCUCUCUUCAAGGAGAUCUUCACCUGCAUCCAAAAGACCAAAGAGGAUCUCAGCAACAACAGAAGUCCAGUCAAGGACAGUGAUGCCCAGGGUUCUGCCAGAUGACUGUAUUAUUCAUAAUCCUGGGAUUUGCACUUGUUUGUGUCCAUCAAAGUUUUUGACACAGGAGAAACUUGGAGGUUGCUUUGCUACAAAAAUAUCUAGAGGUUGCAAUUGCAAUAUCUUUAACAUGCUGCAAUCCUUUUAUUUUAUUUUAUAUUAUAAUUAUAUCAUUUUAACACACCUAUUUAACACACCUAUGCAUUUUUUAGUCAGAACUGUUACUAUUAAAUCCUUAUCAAAAAUGUGUUAUAAUACAUGUUACAUAAAGCAGCUGUGUGAUUUGAAGUAAGAAUGCAUUCCAAAGUUGAACAACAAAUUUGUAAAAAAAAUAAAUUAACAGGGAGAUAUUUAUAGUUAGAAUAAUAUAUACUAUCAGAUCAUCAGCUAAUAAAAAGUAUAAAUUAAUCAAUUUAAUUGUCACAAGAAAUUGUACGAAGUACAAUUCCACUGAAAUGUAAUCCUCAGUACAUUUCAAUAUGUCCACCUCCAACAGUAAUCAGUGUUUAUGUAAUGUUAAUUCUUUGACCACUUAAUCAAUUGGUGCUUGGGAGGGAAAUGCACACAUGGAAUAUUGUUUGUGUGUUUAUAUAAGUUGUUAUAGCUUUUAUGCACGACUUAUGCAAACCGGAUUGUUGUAAUGUUGUAAUAGGAUGAAAAACUGUAGCUAUGCAAUAACUAAAGUCUCAGGAGUUUACGAUAAUUAGCUUAACAGCUCAUGUGAGUUGGUUUUGUAGGUUGGCAAUUCACCAAUUGAGGGUCGUUGGCGUGUCACCAGAGAAAUAUCAGUGGACACUGGAAAACUUGUUACUCGUCUGUGCUUUCUGUUUUCAUGUCUGCGCAGCUUCUGACGACUGUCUCUAUGCCAGUAGGACACACAACAGCUCUGCACUUUUUAUGACUGAAUAACAUUUUACUUUUUAUUUAUUUAAAAAAAAAAAAGUUUAGUGAAGAUUAAAUUAUAUUUAUUUUCUUUGUUGUUAAAUUUGCUGAGCAGAUUGGUCAGAUGAGAUUGACUGGAAGUGAAAGUAAUUUUACACUGAGGUGCUUAUUUUGUGGAUGUAAAUACUUUGUCUGACACAGGUGAUUGAAAAAAGAUUUAAAUGUUCCUUCAUUUAUAAACAAUAUACUUCUUUGCUUAAAAUUGUCAGAAUAUUUCUUCUGACUUGGACAUUUUAUGCUCUUAAUAUAUAACUGAAUUGUGUUGAUCAGGUUACCAUAAACAAUGGAAAGACCUCAAUAAAAAGUUAAAUUUU